CUCUCUCUCUCCCUCUCUCUCUCCCUCCCCUCAGUCCGCGGCCGGCCGGCGGGCGGGUGGGGAGUGUGAGGUGAGGCAGCAGCGUACGCCGCCAUCAUGAGGUACAACAUGAAGGAGCUGCUGUGUCUAUCCAAGCAACCGGCGGAGAAAGCUGCCGAGCUCACCAUGAGGGGGCCGAAGCGCAGCGACGUUGCAAAAUGUCGGCUCGUGAAACUAGUUGUCAACUUCCUUUUCUACUUCAGAAUUGAUGAAGAGGAGCCCGUUGGUGCCUUGUUACUUGAGCAGUGUAAAAUCCAAAAGGAAGAUGACAUUGGCUUCUCAUUAGUAUUUGUAGAUGAGCCAGAAAGAAAAUAUUCAUUUACGUGUGACACUAAAGAAGAAUGUGAGGAGUGGAUUGAAGCUUUGACAAAAGCUAGCUAUGAAUACAUGCGGAAAAGUUUAAUUUUUUACCGAAAUGAAAUUAAAGAAAUAACUGGAAAAGAUCCACUGGAACAGUAUGGAAUUUCAGAAGAAACAAGAUUUCAAACCAGAUCAUAGAGACUAGAGACUGCAUUCAACGGGUACUGUGAUUUCAGAUGAUUCUUUUGGACCUCUUGCAUUUUCCUACCAUAUUGUUUUUUCAGCUUUCCCACACCAUGAUGUUUUUUAGUCAAAGUGAAUUUGUGUGCAUGUGGUGUAAAGUAUGUGAUGUGGGGGGGGGGGGGGGGGGG